AUGAUUGCUCCUUCCUUGUUUAUAAAUUGUGGUGGUGAGGGAUUAAAUGUUGGUGACAAGUAUUAUGAAGCAGAUAACUCAACUUCACUCUAUUAUAUUAGUCCUUCCAAAACCUGGGGUUAUAGCCUUUCUGGAGACUUCUUAUCACCGGAUUCAAAUUCUAGUAAUUUCAUACAGACCCAGUCAUAUGGAAUUCAUGUUGCUGAGUCAGAGUUAUAUUUUAAUGCUCGGAUUGCCCCCGUCUUCCUAAGUUAUUAUGCUUUCUGCUUACAGAAAGGCAAAUAUAACGUGACCCUUCACUUUGCUGAAAUAGUAUUCGGGGAGAAGGAAUCAUAUAGUAAACUAAAGAGACGGGUAUUUGACGUUUAUAUCCAGGAUGAGAGAAAGCUAAUGAAUUUCGACAUCGCAAAAGAGGCAAGGGGUCCAGAUGGACCUCUAACCAGAUAUUUCAUAGCUGAUGUUAAUGAUAGUGUAUUGAAGAUCUCCUUCUACUGGGCUGGAAAGGGAAGUACAGACGACCUGCCUACUCUGAAUGGACCUCUUAUUUCUGCUAUUUCCAUAACUCCAGGUGAUUCAAAAGGCUAUGACUUUAGUUUCUUCUGGUUGGUUCCAAGCUACAGUUGA